CCGGGGCCACCCGCGCCCGCCGCCCGCGCGGACCUUCUUCUCAGCGCGGAGCCGGCGGCGAGCGAGCGGCGGCGAUGAACCCCGUGAAUGCCACUGCUCUCUACGUGUCCGCGAGCCGCCUGGUGCUCAACUACGACCCGGGGGACCCCCAGUCCUUUUCCGAGAUUAACAAGCUCCUGCCCUACUUCAGGCAGUCCCUCUCCUGCUGCGUGUGCGGAAAUUUGCUACAAGACCCUAUUGCUCCCACCAACUCCACAUGCCAGCACUAUGUCUGCAAAACCUGUAAAGGCAAGAAGAUGAUGAUGAAACCGUCGUGUAGCUGGUGCAAGGACUAUGAGCAGUUUGAGGAGAACAAGCAGCUGAGCAUCCUGGUGAACUGCUACAAGAAGCUGUGCGAGUACAUCACACAGACGCCCCUGGCCCGGGACAUCAUCCAGGCCGUGGACUGCUCGGCAGACCUGCUGGCCCUGCUCAAGGAUGGGUCCCCCCUGCACGAGGACGCCGAGAAACCUUCCGACGCGGCCCUGGCUCUGUGCCUGACACAUUCCCCGGUCCCCUCCACCUCGGAGCUGCCCAGCGACGCCCCGGCGGGGUUCCCCUCGGUGCCCGAGGCCACGCACAACGCGGACGGCCGGGGCUCGGCCAUCAACGGGCUGCCCAGCUGUAACGGGCUGCCGGGGGAGAAGCUGGGGGUGAGCCUGCCGUCCCCGGAGCACGCCAGCGCCAUCGACGUCUGCGGCGCCGGGGACUACAUCAAGACGGAGGAGCUGCCGGGCGGCCUGCAGCCCGUGUGCGACCCCGUGUCGGGCAGCGACCUGUGCCCCGCGGGCAUCGACAUCUGUGGCUUCAGCGAGGACAUGAAGCCGGGCGGGUCGCUGCUGCUCAGCGUGGAGGAGGUGCUGCGCAGCCUGGAGACCGUGUCCGGCACCGAGGUGUGCGACUCGGGCCUGCAGCCCGGCCUGGAGGCGAACAUGGCCAACGGCCCCUUCCUGCAGCUCUCCCCCCCUCCCCUCAGCCAUAACAUUUUCAUGUCCACGGAGGCUUCUCCUCACGGCAUCUCCUGCACGGCGGCCACGCCCAAGGUGGUGAAGUUGAACAGGAAGCGGUCCCGCUCCGAAAGCGACAGCGAGAAGGUCCAACCUCUGCCCAUCUCCAGCAUCAUCUGCGGCCCAACCCUGGGAGCGUCGGCUCCCGUGACGGUGAAACAGGAGAACAAAAUGUCUCUGCAGCCCAUUGCGACUGUACCCAACGGAGGCACCACCCCCAAAAUCAGUAAAACUGUGCUCCUGUCUAACAAAAGCAUGAAAAAGAACCUAGAACAUGCCCCUAAGAAAUCCCACCCGAAAGCCAAACCGGGGGUGCUGAAAACGAAAGACAAGGCAAAGGAGAAAGUUCCCAGCAGUAACGUUAUGCCAGGAAGCCCAACAAAAACUGUGUAUAAAAAGCCACAAGAAAAGAAAGGGUGUAAAUGUGGUCGUGCCACCCAAAAUCCAAGUGUUCUUACCUGCCGUGGCCAACGCUGCCCUUGCUACUCGAACCGCAAAGCCUGCCUUGACUGCAUAUGCCGUGGCUGCCAAAACUCCUACAUGGCCAACGGGGAGAAGAAGCUGGAGGCGUUUGCAGUGCCAGAAAAGGCCUUGGAGCAGACCCGGCUGACUUUGGGCAUUAACGUGACGAGCAUUGCGGUGCGCAAUGCCAGCACGAGCACCAGUGUAAUCAAUGUGACAGGGUCACCAGUAACGACGUUUUUAGCUGCCAGUACACACGAUGAGAAAAGUUUGGAUGAAGCUAUAGACAUGAGAUAUGACUGCUGAGUCUGUCUUUCUUUUCCCUGCCCUCUGUAGGGGAACUGCUACAGGUUUAAGGCAGCUAUGGUUCUGUUUAACUUGCUGGAGCUCCUGCGUUUA